AUGCCAUACCUAGUCCGUGCAUACCGCGUGAAUAUUGUCCUCGACACUGUAUACAUGAGCUUGGUACCAAGACUGACAUACCAGUACUUCCAGCUGAACAACUGCAUUUACUUCUUCCUUCCUUUCGCCCACAUUUGCUCGAUCCGGUGGUAUCUCCGAGUCAUCAUGAUCAUACCUGCUGCUCCCUUCCAUUGA